AUGCUGGCGGCUCAGGGGCGCCGCGUGGCCUGCGCCGUGUCCGGCGGCGUGGACAGCGCCGUGGCCGCGCUGCUGCUGCGCCGCCGAGGCUAUCAGGUGACAGGUGUGUUUAUGAAGAACUGGGACCCUCUGGAUGAACAGGGAGCUUGCUCUAUUGACAGAGAUUGUGAAGAUGCCUAUCGGGUGUGCCAGAAGCUUGAUAUCCCAUUUCACCAGAUUUCCUACGUGAAGGAAUACUGGAAUGAAGUAUUCAGUGACCUCUUAAAAGAGUAUGAAUUGGGAAGGACGCCUAAUCCUGAUAUUUUAUGUAACAAGCACAUCAAAUUCAACUAUUUCCUGCAUUAUGCUAUGGAUAACCUUGGAGCAGAUGCAAUUGCUACUGGGCAUUAUGCCAGGACCUCACUGGAGGAUGAGGAAGUGUUUCAACAGAAAUAUACGAAAAGACCACAGAAGCUUUUCAGAAACCGUUUUGAAGUUAGGAAUACUGUGAAACUUCUUCAAGGGGCUGACCUCUUUAAGGACCAGACCUUCUUUCUAAGUCAGAUUUCACAGGAUGCUUUGAGGAAAACCAUCUUCCCUUUAGGGGAUUUAACAAAAAGUUUUGUAAAGAAGAUAGCAGCAGAACAUGACCUUCAUCAUGUGCUAAAGAAAAAAGAGAGUAUGGGGAUCUGUUUCAUUGGUGAAAGAAACUUUGAAAAUUUCCUUCUUGAGUAUUUGGAACCUCAACCAGGUAACUUUGUUUCCAUUGAAGAUAAGAAGGUGAUGGGAAGACACAAAGGUUGGUUCCUCUUCACAAUCGGCCAGAGGGCUCGGCUGGCAGGCCUCAAGGAGGCUUGGUUUGUUGUAGACAAAGAUGUUAGCACUGGAGAUGUCUUUGUGGCACCAUCAAGAGAUCACCCUGCUCUGUACAGAGACCUCCUGCGAACAAACCGAGUGCACUGGAUAGCAGAGGAACCUCCGGCAGAGCUCGUUAGAGAGAAGAUGAUGGAAUGUCAUUUCAGAUUUCGGCACCAGAUGGAGCUGGUGCCUUGUGUCCUGACUCUAAACCAAGAUGGGAGUGUGUGGAUAACACUAGUGAAGCCAGCAAGAGCUAUCACACCUGGACAGUUUGCUGUUUUCUACAAGGGAGACGAAUGCCUGGGCAGUGGGAAGAUCCUGAGGAUAGGCCCAUCAGUGUACACCUUGCAACAGGGCAAAAACCAAGAGGAGAGUCCAAAGAAGGAAGAGAUUGACAAAAUAGAACCAGCAACAUAACGCCUGGGAUUGUUUAUUGAAGGACUUUGGAGAAUUUGCUGACUGAGAACAAUAAAAACUAUAAUAAAUGUGGUUCUUAAGGCCAGUUAACCAGAGAGUCCCAGCUCUUGACUGUUAGCACUGAAGGAGUUUAAAGCCAAUCUGGUGCAAUUUUGCUGGACUGUAUGGUGCUGUUUAUAUUAAUACAUAUCAAGGGCUGUCCUAAGGUGUUCUGUAAUAGUAAUCUUACAUGCAAGAAUUUUAAUACAAAAAUCAUGUCUGAAAUAAUAAAUCUAUCUCUUAUGCUUAUGUGAAAUGCUUUUUCCCCCCCCCCCUUACUUAAAGGUACCUGUCCCUAGUAAAAUAUAUAUGUUAUUUUAUACUAAAUGUGUGUUUGUGCUUUGAACUCUGGAAGAGGAAUGAAUGAUGUUUAAAUUCAGCAUUUGGAGUGAACUCCAGGCAGCAGAUACUUAUUUUUCAUUUUGCAUAGUUUUAUAAGAAAUGCUUUGGACUCUUAAACUGUAUUAAGUAGUCGCAUCAGAUGUUUAUAUAAAUCAGAAUUACAAAUCUUUGAGGCUUAAAAGUCUUGAAUGUUAAAUGUUUUUACACAGCUGACUAAUUUUCUGUUAACUCCUGAGGUCUGAGGCUGUUUGGUUUAUCUCUUGGAGAAGAGAAUGCAUUGGUAUGCUUGAGCAAAAUGCAAAUUCAUAGGGAUUUCCUUAUUGUGGAUCAAUAUAGACCUGAUAAUGAUUGGAUCUUGCCAUGUUUCAAAAUGAAGUGUUCUUAGGAAGAGCUGAAUACUCCAUCAAAAUUAGGUAGUUUUAUAAGGACUGGGUGCAUAUUGAGGAUACCCUAAAUUUAUAAUAAAACUUAAUUGCAGCAUUAGCAAAAA